UCCCCUCGUGGCACCCAGCGAGAAAACACAACCAUCGUCCUCGCUCGCAGCUUUGGAAGCCCCGCGCACGCAGAGCUCCAGCAAACGAUCUCGGCGAGAGAGAGACAGACAGGGAUCGUGUCGAUGGCGGGGGAGGACCAGACGGUGCUGGUGCGGUGCGCGGACCUGGCCAAGUUCGCGGUGCCGGCGUCGGUGGCGCAGCGGGCGGGGAGCGUCGCGGCGGCGCUGGAGACCGGGCAGCGCGUCGUGGAGCUGCCGCGGGGGGUCAACGGCAAGGGCCUCGCCACGGCGGUCGCGUACUACCAGGCCCGAGCGGAGGCGGAGGCGGGCGGCGCGGACGCGGGCCAGUUUGACGGCGAGUUCGUGCGCGGGCUGACGCACGACGCCGCCAUCGACCUCAUCUACGCCGCGCACCACCUGGGCGACCAGGCGCUCUUCAACCUCUUUGCUGGCUACAGGGUUAAUUAUUAGUUGUUGGUUCUAGGCGUAGUAAAGGUUUCUAUUAGUUGAUUGGUUUGUGUUGAUCGAGUGAGAUUUCCCCUUUUUCUUACCAAUGUAUCGAUGCUACCUUGUGAUUAUAUAUGAUCCGUAAAUUGCCUUAAUUUCCUCU